AUGGAGCCCGCGGAGGCCCCGGCUGCUGUUGCUAGCGUCGCACAGACCGUGACUUCGACCGUCCACGCGAUGGAGGGCGCAGACCGGCAUCCCGUUGUGUCGUUUCUUUCCGCUUUCCUCUGGCUAUUCGUCUACUUGCUUUCAUGGAUACAAGCACUAGCUGCCUUUGUCACGAUCACCGUCCCGACGCUCAUCUACUCGAUCCUAUCCUAUUCUCUCACGUUGACGCUCAAUUUUUGGUCAUUCGCUUUCUUGUUCGUCGCGUUUGCUGUCGGACUGAACUACUGGAUACGGUUCCGCUACUUGAAUACCUACACUCAACUGAAAGAACCGCCGCUCAACAAGCCUGAUGCACAAGAGCUGCAUCCGGAUGUCAACACGUCCUCUGCGCCACCAGUCUUUCACAACUAUCUCGACGAGUUCCUUCAGGCCGUUCGCGUUUUUGGGUUCCUCGAGAAGCCGGUCUUUCACGAGCUCGCACGCCACCUGCAGACACGUCGUCUCAUUGCCGGAGAUAGCUUGUCACUCGACCAGGAUAAAUCAUUCUACUGUGUGGUCGAUGGCAUGGUUCAGGUGUUCGCUCCUUCAACCAACCCUGGUGUCCCUCGUCCACGCGGUGGAUCUUGGGAUAACGAGUACAUGAAUGGAUACGAACUGAUGAACGAAGUGGGCGCAGGUGGCACUCUAUCGUCCCUCUUCACUAUCCUCAAUCUCUUCACGGAGAACAUUCGCAUUGGUCCGACGCAUGUAGAUGAAGACGAGAUGAGUGCGGAUGCGGAUGUGUCGCAGUUUGAGCUCGAUGAAGGUCGUCGUUCCCCAAGUGUCGCUAGUUCUUCAGGUUCGACAGCACAUGGGCAUGAGCUUCAUUCCCCGCCUACCUCUAUCAACGGCGCGCGCCAUCAUCCUGCGCUGGCGUCCCGGUCCGCCCCGAGUGUACGGUCUUCACAAUCAACAUUUAUACCGUCACAGAGACCCACCUUCCGAAGCCCGUCUAGCAUCCAGACGCAGAUUCAUCAUGGCACCGUCGCACGCGCGACAGUCGAUACGACGCUGGCCGUUAUCCCUGCUGAGGCCUUCCGCAGACUGACGCACAAGUUUCCAAAAGCAACAGCACAUAUUGUCCAAGUCAUCAUGACCAGAUUCUCUCGCGUGACUUUUAAUGCCGCGCACGGCUAUCUCGGCUUAACGUCUGAGGUUCUACGGACGGAGAAGGCCGUCAACGACCUCGCAUGCCAUCCGCUCCCGGCAUCCUUCUAUGAGGGAGGCGGUAUGCAACAAUUGCGGCAACGCUUUGACGGCGCCUCACUGGCUGGUCAAUCUCCGGAACCAGAAGAUGACUACUUCGGCUCAGGCGCCAACUCGAGCACAUCAUCUCUAUCAUCUGCCAAGCGCCCAAGCCUGGACUCUCGCUCUACCGAACGCGCGCUGCACAGCAGUCCGCUUCAGAUGUCUACUUCCACGUCGACUCUGCACGCUACUACGCCGUUACCUUCUCGCCUCGCAACCCACAGCCAGGUCCAGGCGGGCGAUCUAUUCAGCACAACGCCAGCAACUGAAUCAUAUCGUCCGCGCCCAAAUUACUCCAACAUCGUGAACACCCCUCACAUAUCCCGUGGAAGCGCGCAUCCCCAUCGUUCAAAGUUGGUCGAUCUUCCUGAACAUGAGGAAGGCGAGGACGAAUUUGAUCUUCGGCAAGAAGUUAUGAACGCUAUCGCCGUCUCCAUCGGGUUGCAACAGCCGGCGCCUCUGAGUGAUGAAUCGCCCGGCUCACUCGAAGCUUCUCCUGCGGUGACUGCACAGGAUUGGCGACAGAGUCUGAUGCGACAUUCGGGCAGUAGCUUACCGCUGCCCAACUCCUUCGGAUCCCUCAGUCUGUUGGAAAUGGGGAAUGAUUCAAGUUCCAAUAGUGUUACUGGUGCUAGCGCAACGAGCAGCACCAGCAAGGGUAUCACGGGUCUGGAUAACGAAGUCGAAAUACUCUUCUUCCCUGCGGGUUCACACCUCGCUAGGGCAGGGGAGAAAGAUACGGGUCUCUUCUACGUGAUCGAGGGCUUCCUUGAUAUCGUGUUGCCAGAUGACAACGGAAGCAGCUCUCAAACGAUGCAUGAUCGCUCAAAGCCGAAGCCGCCAAGCGUAUCUGUCGAUAACCUGUAUACACCAGAUGAGUUUGCCGCCGACUCUGAGUCCGACUUUUCUUCUGUCCCUGGCAUCACUAAGCGACAGUCCACUGGACCUAACGGAGCCACUGGGAGCACGUUGUUUACUGUCAAGCCUGGUGGCAUCGCCGGCUACUUGACAAGUCUCUCGCACACAGCAAGCUACGUGGACAUCGUUGCGAAGACGGAUACAUACGUCGGAUGCUUGCCGCAUGACGCGCUUGAGAGGUUGUUGGAGAAGCAGCCCAUUGUGUUACUCACUCUUGCAAAACGCCUUAUCUCGCUGCUGUCGCCUCUCGUGCUGCAAAUUGAUGCUUCUCUGGACUGGAUGCAGGUCAACGCCGGACAAGUCCUUUGGCGCACAGGCGAGGAAGCCGAUAGUUUCUACAUCGUCAUCAACGGACGUUUGCGAGCGAUCACGGAGCGCGAAAGCGGAGGAGUGGAUGUUGUAGCUGAGUACGGUCAAGGGGAUACAACCGGCGAGAUUGAUGUGAUCACGCGCUCACCUCGCCGCAAUACUAUGCAUGCUAUCCGAGAUACCGAGCUUAUACGAAUGCCAAGGACCCUUUUCAAUGCUAUAUCCGUCAGGAAUCAUCAGACGACAGCGCAAAUCUUGAAGAUGAUUGCGUCGCGAGUGCGCACCGAAGCCGACGCAACAGCAUCCAAAUCUACCACGGCGACCGAAUUACGAAGGAAUAAUACGAAUUUGAAGACCGUGGCAGUCCUCCCCGUUACGAGAACAGUGCCGAUCGACGCCUUUGCUAGAAAGCUUCACGUAGCUCUCGAAGGCAUCGGGGCGUCGACGUCGUACUUGAAUCAGGCAGCAGUUUCUACCAAGCUCGGACGCUACGCUUUCACGCGCAUGGGCAAACUCAAGACUGCUGCGUGGCUUGCCGAUCAAGAGCAGAGAUUCAAGAUCGUACUUUAUGUUGCAGACAGCGCCGUCACCAGCACGUGGACCCAGACGUGUAUUCGACAGGCCGAUUUUGUUCUACUGGUAGGCAUGGGCGAUGAUCCCAGUAGCGGCGAGUAUGAGCGGCUUUUGCUUUCGUUGAAGACAACAGCUCGCAAGGAACUUGUACUGCUUCACCCGGAAAGAAACGUACUUCCGGGAUCCACCCGGGAAUGGCUCAAGACUCGCCCAUGGGUUCAUCAGCACAUCCAUGUCGAGCUUCCGGGCGUCAAGGUUCCCGUAAGACCCAAAGCCGAUCCGUCACGCGAGAAGGAUCCCGCCGCUGUGGCCGCUCUCAAGAACUUGAAAAACAUCGUGGAAAGCGAGAUUCAGAAGUAUCGUGGGAACACCUCUGAUGCUCGCCCGCGUCGACCUCCACAUACGAGUGAUUUCGCCCGACUUGCACGGCGCAUAUGUGGCAAGUCUAUCGGCGUCGUUCUCGGCGGUGGAGGUGCACGGGGUAUUGCACAUCUUGGCCUGUUACGGGCGAUGGAAGAGUACGGUAUUCCGAUCGAUCAAAUCGGUGGCACUUCCAUCGGUUCUUUCGUUGGGGGUCUUUAUGCGCGAGAGGGCGAUAUCCUCUCAAGUGCCGGUCGCGCAAAGCAGUUCUCAGGGCGAAUGGGGAAUAUCUGGCGCAUGCUGUCGGACGUUACCUACCCCAUUGUUGCGUAUACCACCGGUCAUGAAUUCAAUCGAUCAAUCUACAAGGCGUUUUACGACCUGCACAUUGAGGACAUGUGGCUUCCGUAUUUCUGCAACACAGCUAACAUCACGACUUCGAGCAUGGACAUUCAUGAGACAGGAUACGCAUGGCGUUACAUCCGAGCGUCAAUGACAUUGGUUGGUCUGCUUCCGCCUUUGUGCGACAGAGGCAACAUGCUAGUCGAUGGCGGUUACAUGGAUAACCUGCCCGUCAAGGCCAUGUUUGACAUGGGUGCGAAUACGGUGUUCGCCAAUGAUGUUGGUGCUAUCGACGACAACUCACCACGCAACUUCGGCGACAGCGUGUCCGGCUGGUGGCUUUUCAUCAACCGUUGGAACCCAUUCUCUGAUGCCCGUCACGUACCGGCCAUCACAGAGAUACAAUCCCGACUGGCUUACGUGUCGAGCGUCCGCACACUGGAGCAGGUCAAGGCCAUGAAAGGAUGCUACUACAUGGCGAUGCCCGUGCAGGACUACGGAACUUUACAGUUCGGGAAGUUCGAGGAGAUACAAGAGCUAGGGUAUACUGAGGCACUCAAGCUGUUGGAGAAGUGGGAUGACGAAGGGGUGUUGCCUUCUGCUUUCAUCGACGGUAAGGAGCCGCCGGCGAAGAGGAAACGCAAGGGCUUGAGCGCACGUCGCAAUUCCAUUUAA